UUUUGGACCAGGACCUCCAAUCAUGUCUGUGAUGGUGGUAAGAAAGAAGGUGACACGGAAGUGGGAGAAACUCCCCGGCAGGAACACCUUCUGCUGUGAUGGCCGCGUCAUGAUGGCCCGGCAGAAGGGCAUCUUCUACUUGACCCUCUUCCUCAUCCUGGGGACAUGCACGCUCUUCUUCGCCUUCGAGUGUCGCUACCUGGCUGUUCAGCUGUCUCCUGCCAUCCCUGUGUUUGCUGCCAUGCUCUUUCUUUUCUCUAUGGCCACACUGUUGAGGACCAGUUUCAGUGACCCUGGGGUGAUUCCUCGAGCACUACCAGAUGAAGCAGCUUUCAUAGAAAUGGAAAUAGAAGCCACCAAUGGUGCGGUGCCACAGGGCCAGCGACCACCUCCUCGUAUUAAGAAUUUCCAGAUAAACAACCAGAUUGUGAAACUGAAAUACUGUUAUACAUGCAAGAUCUUCCGACCUCCCCGGGCCUCCCACUGUAGCAUCUGUGACAACUGUGUGGAGCGCUUCGACCAUCACUGCCCCUGGGUGGGCAAUUGUGUUGGAAAGAGGAACUACCGCUACUUCUACCUCUUCAUUCUUUCUCUCUCCCUCCUUACAAUUUAUGUCUUUGCCUUUAACAUCGUCUACGUGGCCCUCAAAUCCUUGAAAAUUGGCUUCCUGGAGACAUUGAAAGAAACUCCUGGAACUGUUCUGGAAGUCCUCAUUUGCUUCUUCACACUCUGGUCUGUUGUGGGACUGACUGGAUUUCACACUUUCCUGGUGGCUCUCAACCAGACAACCAAUGAAGACAUCAAAGGAUCAUGGACAGGGAAGAAUCGUGUGCAGAAUCCCUACAGUCAUGGCAACAUUGUGAAGAACUGCUGUGAAGUGCUUUGUGGCCCCUUGCCCCCCAGUGUGCUGGAUCGAAGGGGUAUUUUGCCACUGGAAGAAAAUGGAAGUCGACCUCCAAGUACUCAAGAGACCAGCAGUAGCCUCUUGCCACAGAGUCCAGCCUCAACAGAACAUAUAAAUUCUAAUGAGAUGCCAGAGGACAGCAGCACCCCGGAAGAGAUGCCACCUCCAGAGCCCCCAGAGCCACCACAGGAGGCAACUGAAGCUGAGAAGUAGCCUGUCUAUGGAAGAGACUUUUAUUUGUGUUUCAUUAGGGCUAUGGGAGAUUUCAGGGGAAAGAUCAACCUGAGACAGAGAACAAAUAAGCUGUCCUUAUUACUAUUUUCCUUUGGUCUUUAGUCACCGAAUUGCACACUGGCGUUUUCUUGCUGGAAACUUUUUUUAAAAUUUAUGGACUUAUGACAGUGGCAGAAGAUGCCAGUUACCUCUGGCAACUGGACAAAUGGGUCUCUUGGGACAUGGCAUUUGUUUUCCAUUGUCUCAGCCACAAGGUGUCCUUGGACUCCCCUUCUCUUCCCUCCAGAUCCUAGCUCUCCUGCUGGGGGUCAUUGGUCUCAUUCUUGGGUAAAGAUUCUCAAGACUGACUCAAGUCCUUUCCAGCUGCUGCAUGUCCUGAGUCCAGAGGCAGUCACAGAGACCUCUGGCCAGGGAAUCCUAACUAGGCUCUUGACUCCUUCAGAACUAAUGAGGACUGGAGAGUGAGGUUGGAGGAUUUUCCUGGCUACAAAGUGCCAGCAUUGCCAGCCAAUCCUUUUAGGAAUAGGGCAGGUACCUUCCACUUGUAUUUAUUUGUGUAGCUUCUCCUCCCACCCCACCCCCAUCCACUCUCUAACAUCCAAGAUCCGCUCUCCCCAUUAGGUGACAUAUGUAAGUAGUCAUAGUAGAGAUAACAAUUGACAUUUCUCAUAGACUCUCCGGAAACUUCAAUGCCUGUGCUAUUCCCAAUAAGCAUUGAUGAGAUGCCAACAGCAUAGCCCCUCACACUCUCUGUCUCAUCUCCCCUCUUUUCUCAUGAGCCCAUUUUAAUUUUCUUCCUUUGACUCCUGCUUCCAUUGGGAGCGGGAAUGGCAGUAAUAAAAGUCUGCACUUUGGUGGUUCCUUUUCCUCAGAGGAAGCCUGAGUGCUCACUUAAAACACUACCCCUCAGACUUCUUGUGUAAGGCCUGCAGAGGCCCUGAAUGCACAAAUGGGGAAGCCAAGGCACAGAGAGGCUCUCCUCUCCUCUCCUCUCCCUCUUCAUCCCCUCAAAAAAAAAAGAGAAAAAAAAGCAAAACAAAAAGGCUAAACAGUACUUCCAUUAAGCCUUGGCUGAGUGAGGGAAAGCCCAGCACUGCUGCCCUCCCGGGUAUUCCACUCCAAGGCCUCAGCCCACCUCUGGCAAUGGUAACCACACCAGGGCUUCGUCCGAGCCCUGCUCUUCCAGCACUUCCACCGGCAGAGUCCCGGAGCCACUUCAUCCUGGGGGUGGACUGUGACCCCCCAGGCAGCUCUGCUCAGGACCUGCACUAUUUCAGGGAAGAAGAUCUAUGUAUUAUAUGUGGCUAUAUUUCCUAGAGCACCUGUGUUUUUCUCUUUCUAAGCCAGGGUCUUGUCUGGACGACUUAUGGGGACAGGGAGGGGUGUGAACCACAACUUUUAAUCUAUUUGAAGGCGAUUAAACUGUGUCUAAUGCAAGCUGCCUGCCUCCUCCUUCCCCUUCCAUUUCAAGAACCACCAUGGGGUUGUGAAUGUGUUUGUGUGUUGGGUCAGGGGGUGGGUGGGGGGUAGAAGGGGUUGCUUGUUACUACCCAUACUUCCAUUUUCCAGGGUACCCUUGGGUUGAAGAGAUAGAUACCUCUCAAAUUCAACCUCUCCGUUGAUCCAUUUAAUUCUGGGCUGAAGUUUAUCUUAUUCUGGACUAUGAAGACAGGACUUCCAAGCAAUAUACAGUGUGAACAAGACUGGGAGAGUAGAGGGAUUACACUUACUAAGAGAACAUGUUCUUCAUGGGGAUAUUGUUUUAAGUAGAUGGACACUGUUAUCUGCAAGUGAGUCUUGGUUUUUGCCGCAGGCUGACCAGGGCCUCCCCUUGGAAAUAUUUCAUUAGUGAUCUUUCACAAGUGAUGGCAUGCAUUUCUUUUCAAAUGGUCUAUAAUCAAGACUCCUAUCUCACUCUUUCCAGGUAAUUGUAAUUAGUGAAAUGUGGCUGCUCCCAGGUUUCUCUGUGUCUUUCUGUGUUGGUUGUUGCAGGAUUUGAAAUUAAUAUCCCUGGGGAGAGAGUUAUUGGCAGAGAGAUGGACUCAGAUUCCUCUUCUCUCUGCUUCUCCUUUCCCACUUUUUAAAUGGCUCUCUCAGUUUUGUUCUUACAGUUUGGUUUCAGUUAGUUCAAAACUAUGGUAAUCAUGGAGAGUGUGGAAGUUCCACUUUUUUUUUUUUUUUUGGUUAGUGUUUUUUUCCAAUCAACCUGUCCCUCAUGGGACUCCCUUGCUAGUAGCUACUCAGCCCAUCUCCACUCUUGGGCCAGAAUGAGUUUCUUUCCUCCCUCAACUUACCUCAGCUACUCUUCUGCUGCCCCUUAGGUCAGUCAGAAGAGUGUUCUCUUUCUGGUGGGAAGGAUCAAAAUGGAAAUCUCUUAUCUCCAGUACAAAAUGGUUUUCUUUGUUUCAUUGUUGUUGUUUGUUUGUUUGUUUAAAUCUGCUCCCUCACACCCCUUGCCCUCUUUCUCUCUCUUUUUUAUAAGUCUUCUGUACUUAAGACCUUGGCCUGAAGACCUGUCCCAUUCAUACCUUAUACCAGCUGGGACUGUCCCUAGUCUGAGCUUUGAUCAGAGGAGAGAUUGAAGACUUGAUCUUUCUCUGGGGAAAGAGGACUUAUAUUGUUUGAUGUUUUCAAUGGCUGACACUCUCUCCAACUCUCCCCUUCCUCUCCAUUCCUUACACUUCUUAUGCACCCACCCCACUUCCCCAGGCCAGGAUGGUUGGCGUUGAUCCAAGACCUCUGAGGGAAGGGGAAAUUUAUGUCCUUUUGGCUCUGGGGACCUCUUGGCCCUAGCUGAGAUCAUUAUUGUUCCUUUUCCAUUUUUCCCCAGGAGUGGGGUUGGAUUAGAGGUGGGUUCUAAUUCUGUAGCAGCUAAACUCCAUUCUUCCCAUCCUGACCAUCCUGCCCUUACCCCUAAGGCCCCUUUUCCUACUGACCAAAUCUCUUUACCUUGUUUGGGGAAAAAUAUUUUGUUUUUAAAUCUAUUUUCUAACUUAAAUGCAAUUUAAUAUGUAAAUCUCUGCACUUUUGUGUGAGCCUACAAAUGUGUAUGUGUUGGGGUUUUUCACUCUCUGGUAUUUCUUAAUAAAGAAAUCUUUCUUUUGGGGGGAAGCCAAUUAAUGAAGGAGACUUGAAUGGUUUUAGAAAUAUAGGGCUGUCUGUUUCUUUGUG